AUGUUAAACUUUCUCGUAAAUCCGCACACAUCCAAGAUCCCUCCUCCUGCACACGCUGUUAUCAAGUCUACAUAUGCAGACAGCAUAGUGGCAACCGUUCGCAUUCUCGCCACCAACACCGCCGCCGCCGCCACCUAUAUGCCAACGAGGCUGAGCGAUUCUCGACCACCAAUUGCUACUUUCAUCAGCUUGAGUGAUGCCCGCAUGAAAUGGUCGCAUCCAAUCUGUCAACCCAAAUUUCCAGCAACUCAACUCCUCAUCGUCCAGUCGCCAAUCGGUGGCAGUGACGAGGAACGUCGCCACACUAACACGGAGUUUCCAUGGCUAUUUACCUCUCUUUGCUCCACAAAAUUGACCGGCCGCUUCCAUCUUCUGCCUCUUCUUAUCCAAUGCCACGACAGCCUCUGUCCCUCCACUCGCGACUGA